AUGCCAGAUACCCCCCAAAUCAUCACUUUUGACACGUCGCUGUUUCUCUUUGUCUCUUUUGCGUAUUUUAGUGCUUUAAAUAUCUAUCUAUCUAUCUAUCUAUCUAUCUAUCUAUCUAUCUAUCUAUUGACUAGGCAUAUCUAUCUAUUGAUUAGGCAUAUCUAUCUAUAUAUCUAUCUAAAUUUCUCCAUAUCUAUGUUAAGCAUAUCUAUCUAUCUCCAUAUCUAUUCAUCUAUCUAUCUAUCUAUCUAUCUAUCUAUCUAUCUAUCUAUCUCAUUCAUCUUUCUUCAUAUCUAUAUUAAGUUACUUUACCUACUGACCUUUUAUAUCUAUCUAUCUAUCUAUCUAUCUAUCUAUCUAUCUAUCUAUCUGUUCAUCUAUCUAUCUAUCUAUCUAUUGACUAGGCAUAUCUAUCUGUUCAUCUAUCUAUCUAUCUAUCUAUCUAUCUAUAUCUAUCUAUCUCAGUCUGUUCAUCUAUCUAUCUAUCUAUCUAUCUAUCUAUCUAUCUAUCUAUCUAUCUAUCUAUCUAUCUAUUGGCUAGGCAUAUCUAUCUAUCUAUCUAUCUAUCUAAACAAUUUCGUUCUCAAUCAUUCUAACUUUCAUCGGCCUGCCAGUCAUUCAUCCUUUCUAAUCGUCGAAGUCAGUCUGCAGAGUGAAGGUUGUCCAUCAGGAAAAUCUAAUAACAUCCGAUCUUCUUGA